AUGGAGGCUGGGGCAUCUAGGACAAAAAAGGACCCUGUGGCCCCGGUGACCAAGACUGAAGGGCCUGGUGGGGAGAACGAGGCUGAGGAGGUUGGCGAUGGUGAAAGACCCGCUGCUUGCACUUGCUUUUUCGUUGUUUCUUCUCUUUUCUUCCAUUGUAACUCCUUGGACACUAACUUAUCAUCAAUUCCAGUGACGACAGACUAUGAUCUCCAGGUUGCCUUUGAGCGAUCUUGGCAAGAGUGA